AAAAAAAAUACGGCAUAAUAAGAAACAAAACUAAGCUGUUGCUCUUAUUAUUUGGAGUUAACACUGAAUCCUCUCCUACCCCAACGAUGGCGGACAAAGAACCACAACAACCUGAAGAGCUACCUAUAGUCCUGGUUCAUCGUCUACCGUCAUUCAAGAUUCCUUCCGACCCUUCUUUCAGAGACCAGUUACGUUCUCAAUUCCAUAUGCUAGACCCUCACGAAUCGCCUGAGCCAUAUGACUCCUUUCUUGCCCGUCAUGCUCCCUUCAUAAGAGUUCUCAUGACUAUCGGCCCUUCUCCAAUUUCCGCCGAGUUUCUCGAGCGACUGCCUGUUUUGGAGCUGAUAGUGGCAACAAGUGCUGGCCUUAAUCAUAUAGACCUCCCUGCUUGUUGGAGACGAGGCAUCGUUGUUACGAAUGCUAGCUUAGCCUUCGCAGAGGAUGUAGCGGAUUGUGCUGUUGGGUUGUUGAUCGAUGUGCUGAGAAGAAUCUCUGCUGCUGAUAGAUUUGUUCGUGGUCGGCUGUGGCCUGUUAAAGAAAACUACCCUCUUGGUUUUAAGUUAGAUGGUAAGCGAGUAGGGAUUGUGGGCUUGGGAAGCAUUGGUUCUGAAGUUGCAAAGAGGCUCUUAGCCUUUGGCUGCACCAUUGCCUACACCUCAAGAAACAAGAAGCAAUCCGUUUCAUUUCCUUUCUAUGCUAAUGUCCGGGACCUUGCUGCAAAUAGUGAUGUUCUCGUUCUUUGUUGUGCACUGACAAAGGAAACUUACCACAUGAUCAAUAAGGAUGUCAUGGUAGCAUUAGGGAAGGAUGGAGUGAUAAUCAACGUCGGGCGUGGCUCGUUGAUCAACGAGAAGGAAUUAGUGCAGUGUUUGGUGGGGGGAGAAAUGGGUGGUGCUGGUCUUGAUGUGUAUGAAAACGAGCCUAAUGUCCCAAAGGAGCUAUUUGGACUUGAUAAUGUCGUGUUGUCUCCACACUGCGCUGUCAUGACUCCAGAAUCCUUUGAAGCUUUGGAACAGCUGAUUGUUGUCAACUUAAAAGCCUUCUUUUCCAAUAAACCUUUGGUAUCAGUAGUCUCAAAUGAAUGAACCAUUCAUUCUUUUGCUUUAAUGUAAAGCAUUGACAAAUGCUCAAUGAAGAAAGGAUAA